AGCUCGGCUUCACCCACAUACAACUAAACAAAAUCACUGAGUUUUUUGUUUUGUUUCUGGUAAUAGUGAUUCAGGAGUGUUAAAGGAUUUACUUCUUUCCUGCGGUCGUGGAUUGUGAUAUGAACUUGAAGGUGUUCUGCUUUUUUUUCCUACUUCUUGAAGCCUCCUGUUUCAUUGAAUUUGAGAUCUCUGUUCCCCGAAGUCCUGUCAUUGGGUUUUACGGUGAGGAGCUGAUCCUCCCUUGCACAUUCCCUGUGGAUUCUUCGUGGGAUCUGAGCAGCACUGUUAUCACAUGGCAGCGAGGGCUGGAUGUAGUUCACAGCUUCUACUACAGUCGGGAUCAGCUGGACCGGCAGAAUCCUCAUUAUGUCAGCCGCACCAGUCUGUUCAUUCAGGAGAUGCAGCGAGGAAACGCCUCUCUCAAACUGGACAAAGUGACUCAGAGGGAUGCCGGUGUUUACACCUGCUCCAUCAGCACAAACUCCGGCAGCCAGAAGAAGAGCUUUGCUGUAAAUAUUGCAGCGCUCUACUCUGAGCCUCGUCUGCAGUUCUCCAUGUUGACGGAUGGAGUCAAUCUGCUGGUGACGUCAGAUGGAGGAUACCCUUCUCCAACACUGCAGUGGCUGAUGGAGAACUCAGACAUCACCAACCAGACUCAAACACACCUCAGACAGGACACAAGCACAGGACUUUACAUCGUGUCCAGCUGGAUAAAACUCUCUGACGUCUCAAAUUCAUCUUUGACAUUUAUUCUGCACAACAAACCGCUGGGGCAAGACAUCAGAAGAGAGAUCCAGCUUUCGUCAGAUAAAAUUGAAAAACAAGAAGAGAACAGAUGCUCUGAAUGCUUCAUUUUGAUCCCAGUUGCUCUGCUGCUGCUCGCGAUGGUUUUAUUGUUUGUAUUCUUUAUCAAAAGAAGAAGAAAAGCAGAAAAGAGCAAACAAAGUUCCUCCAGUGAAACUAAAAGUCUGAGUGAAAAUGUAUGAUUAUGAUGGUUAUGCUGUUUUUUUAAUGAUGAUCAUUUCCAGGACAGAAUUUAGUAUUAUAUUUAUUGUUACAUGGUUCAAGUUAUUUUAAACCAGUUUUUAACAAAUAAACACUUUAUUUGUGCUGUGAUGAUCCUUUCAUGUUAAAUACCAUUUCAAUGCAUUAUUCCACUGAUCUUUAUGUCAGAUAUCUGGUGUGUUUGUCACAGCUAAACUAACCAAAUCUUCCUAGGUGCUAAACACUUUUAACAGAGCUAAAAAUUUCAUAAACAGAAUUUGUCAGUCAUAUCAUAUUAUGAUGCACUGCUGAUGUCCUGCUUAACAAGCAUUAUGUUUGAGACCAUUUCCAUUAGUGUUAUACAUUUUACUCUUGACUUUAUGCACUAAACAGUAUUUUUUUACACACACCUGCUGGCAGGAUCUUGUUGCUCCACAGUAACAUUUUACAACGAUAUUUAUUAAAUUAGUUUCUCUCUAAAAAUGGAAUUUGAUUUGAAUUCAUGUAAUUUAUAACAUGUAAUUUUAUACUGUGAACUAGUGUGUUAGUAGUACUUAUGUUUGACUAUGGGACCACUGUGUGCUGUUUAAUAUUUCAAUUGUUUACAUUUGCCUCCGUAUCAAGUGACAUGUUUACUCAUGUGAUGCUGAAAUAAAAUAUACAUUUGUAUAAUA